GAGCUGAGCGAGGUUGGUGUAAAUCCUGGCGGCGGGCUUCAUUCUUCUCACUGAUGUUUCCGCGCCUGUGCCAAUUUCUCACCCACCCUCGCUCAAUCAUUUUUUUUUAAUUUUUUUUUUAUGGUAUUCCUUUUCUGUUCUUCUCCUUCCCUAAUUUCGCUACUUCCAAUGUUGACCCCAUAGUUUGACCCCAUACAGCGUCGGAAAACCCUAACCCGUGUGUCUCCCAUCUUUAUCCAAUCUCUUUCCCUCUCUCUGUCAGGUUCUUGGAUUCUACUGGGGGCGAGGUCGAGGUACCUACGUGUUGUCCUGAUCGGACCUAAGAUCUUGAUCUGUUCGGCUUGACGGUAAGCGCCGCUGAUCGAUCCUCUUCGGUUGAUGAAGGUUUUGUGCAGUCUUGGAUGUGUUCUAAGUUGUUCUCCUGCUGAUUGCAGCGAGGGGAUGGAGAUUCUGGUGAUGGAAUCCCCGAAAAUGACCUGAAUCGUUGGGCCUAUGUUUGUUAUGGAUGCAAAGAGUUUAACAGAAAGAGAUGUUCUGAUCGACCUAGAAGGCGGCAUAAGAUCUGUAAUAAAUGGAGGGGAAGCAUCCGGAGAUGGUGGCUCCAGCGUCCGAAAGGCCAAAAGAACGCUGAAUAGAGUAUGGAACGGUUUUGUUGGCGUUGGUGGAUCCAUUAGGGACGAGGAAUCCGUGUACUCGGGUGGCUCCACAAUAGAGGGUAGUCUUGCUAAUGGGGGAACUUUGGUGGACAAGAGGUUUGGAGGGGAAGAAAAGUUGAGCCUUUUGGAGAACAAGACAAGAGCACAGAAGCCUAAGAAGGAGGGCUCUAAAAGGCCCCCCAAACUACCGAAGCCUCCCAAGUCUCCAUCACUAGAUGCUGCUGAUCAGAAGCUGAUAAGGGAGAUAUCUGAGCUUGCUAUGUUGAAAAAGGCAAGGAUUGAACGCAUGAAAGCAUUGAAGAAGAUGAAGAAUGCCAAAUCAACAUCUUCCAGCAGCAACUUGGUUGCCUUGAUUAUUACUGCUCUCUUCUGCCUCGUGAUAAUUUGGCAAGGAUUUUUUUCAAGAGGUAGUUCUAGUUUGAGCUUUCAGGGUUCUCCUGGAUCUUCGGUUGGAAAAAGGACCGGACUGAUCUCGGUCCAAUUCUACAAUAAUGGCUCGGAAGUUGGGCUGCAUGAUUCUAGUUCAGCAUCUCUCCCAAGAUCAGUAGCUGGGCUGGACGGCCAUGGGGAAACAAGCAGAGGUGCAGGAUGAGCGCCACCUCUAAUCCUCUAAGAGCCAUCCCAAUACAACGUGUUUCCGGCAUUCUCAUCCCAUUGCAGGGACCAGUGAUCGCAACCUGUUUCCUCAUAAUUCUAUGCAUACAAGAAGAGUUCUGCGCCUUUCAGGAGACAUUGCAUGUACAUGGAAAUAAGCUUUUUGUUUACAAUUUGCUGAUCCUGCUUGGCCUUCUGACAUACUUUUGGCAUUUAUAUGCGCCUUUUCCUUCUGACCUGCCAUUCAUAUGCGUUUUGUCAUGAAACACUUCUCAGCCAAGCCAGGAAGAGUGUCAAAUGAUGCUAUGUGAAUUGCUAUAUUGCACUUAAAAACCAAUUCCUAA